CAUUUUUUAUAUCUCUAUGCUUAGAGCUGGCUUACCACAUAAAGGUAUAAACGCAACAAGAAGAAAGACAUCAACAGAUAAUGUAAGCAAGAAACCAGAGAGCAAAUCAACAACAAAUCGUGGUGCAAAAAUACGCUCUACAAGUCUGGCGAGAUCCUCUCAACCAUCUAUUGAUAAUACCCAUCGAACCAACACAACGACACCACGAAAAAGGCCAUUAUCUGACACUUUUAAAGAACCAGCACCUUUAAAACAUUGGACCUUAAAAGACUUUGAGAUCGGCAAGGCACUUGGAAAAGGUAACUUUGGUCAUGUGUAUCUUGCUAGAGAAAAGGCUAGUGGGUUUAUUGUUGCACUCAAAGUCCUUUAUAAAUCUGAGCUGGCAAAAACAGGUAUUGAGAAGCAACUGAGACGUGAAGUAGAAAUCCAAGGCAAUUUAAGACAUCCUAAUAUUCUGCGUCUGUAUGGCUACUUUCAUGAUGAAACCCGUGUUUUUCUAAUAUUGGAAUAUGCAGCAAAAGGAGAACUUUAUACAGAAUUAAAGAAUCGCAUCAAAUUCACAGAGCCUGAAGCAGCCAAAUAUGUAGCACAAAUGACCAAUGCCUUGGUCUAUUUACACAGCAAAAGAGUCAUUCAUCGUGAUAUUAAGCCUGAAAAUCUCAUGUUGGGUUUAAAUGGAGAGCUAAAAAUUGGUGAUUUUGGCUGGUCAGUGAGGACAGGUAGAUUAGACAAUAGAAGAAGUACGUUGUGCGGCACCUUAGAUUAUCUACCUCCAGAAAUGGUAGAAGGUCGAGUUCAUAAUGAAAAUGUGGAUUUAUGGUCCUUGGGUAUCCUUCUCUAUGAACUUAUUGUUGGCAACCCUCCAUUUGAAAACAAAUCAGGCGGAAGCGGAGAGACCUAUGAGCGUAUUCGUAGUGUUGACCUGCAUUUUCCUAAACAUGUUAGUAGAGAUGCUGUGGAUCUCAUUAGUAAGCUUCUAAAAUACAGCGCAGCAGAACGACUACCACUUAGACAAGUUAUGCAUCAUCCUUUUAUUGUUAAACAUGUCAAACACGGAAGUACUUAGUGCUUCUAAAGAAAAAAAAAGUAUAAUUUGGUUUUAUGUAUUAAACUUGUUGUGAUAUGGCAUACCCAACUCUAUGCAUCAUUUAGAUUGACUGAGAUUAGAACAGAGAGAAAGAGAGAGAAAUGUCCCUCCCC